GUCUUCUAAAGUUCACGCACGGCACGAGGUUAAGGGAUCGAAUGAACCACGUUCAUACAUUCAGUCAUCCAGAUGCACGCAUGAGUUUUUCCUGACAGCAUAUGCUGACCCUGACGGCCGCCGCUCCUUUCCAGCUCAGGGACCUUGGUCGGGGACUUGGACGCAUCUGAACGCCGCUUCAAGUACCGCAUCACGUCCGCAAUGGUAGUUAGUCGCACGAAGACGAUGAACCUCAUCCCGGUGACCCUAACGAGGCUCGUUUUCGGCGUCGUCGUCAUUGCAGCGAUUGCAGUGUGUCUCUAUCGCCCGCAAAACUGGCUAUAUGAUGCUUUUGUCCCAACAUGCGAAGAAGUGAUCGCCGCCCUCCGCAAGAUAACUGGACGAGCAUUCGAAGAGCUGUCUCUGCAAGGGUUGCCCCAGUCUUUGCAACAGUCACUACGUCUUCUCCCCUCUAUUCUGGGCUUCCAACCCACAAUCAUCUUACACGAUUUAAGGGAGUUUAGUAGAAACAGUAUCUUCCUCAUCGCGGAACAUAUCCAACGCAUCAAAUGCUCCGAAACAAACUUCGAACAACUUUUACGCCAACUCCAUGAUCUUUGGUCACUCCAACAACGCUUCCCGCGACCGGCAUCAGUUCUGAUCGCUGCCAUUAUACCCUCCGCGAUCGCACUCUCAACACACGGCUCUCCCGAAUCCUCUGUCGUCGCGUAUCGGAGUCUGAUCCUCGUCGCUCUGUGUAUAUUGACCCUCGCAGGUGUCUGGGUGCAAACGGGGAGACUGAAGGACGUCCUGCUUAUUGCCGCUGUCAUGGCUGCCAUGGAGAUCCUCCAGAAGAUGUUACUUCGGAAAGCUGGUCAUUAUCACGGGGACCUUUCGCGCGAAAAGUCGUUAGUGCACCCAAUCAGUAGCAGGCACACUCAGAGAGAUAGCGAACCCCAUAAUCAGCAUGAAGAGCCACACGAUACUCCCUCCACUGAGAAACAAAGAGGACGAAACCGAAAAUGCCAAAGUUUCGACGCUAGUUCACUUCGCGCGAAUUUGGUGAGCAUAAACAAUGAUAGAUCGCCAAGGCGAAGACACAGCCAAACAGGACCGGCAUUCGCAGAACAAAGUUCAACACAAAGGUCGGACCUCGAGGAGGAGACUCGGAAAAUCAAACAAGCCAUUGCGCGGGACCAUCAAGCAGUCGUCUAUCGGAAAGACAUCGAACUCUUCGCGCUACGCAAAGCUCUGCAGCAUAAGGAGGGCCUGCUUCGAGAAAGAGAAGCGCAACUUGAGGAUGCUUACCGCCAGCGUAACAUGGCCCUGGAACAGAAGGAGACAUACGUUAGAGCAUUAAAAGAUAGGAUUGCCACAUAUGAAGGAAUGGACCAGCCAAAAUCAGAUUCUCUGAAUCCUGGCUCCGGUGAUGAGCAAUGUGCAGCUGUGCAGGUCAGAUUGUUGCACAUCAAAGGCCGAAACUCGCAGGAACACACUCGAUUCAUGGAAGAGAAGGACCUGGAGAUUGCCAGACUGCGCCAGGAGCUUGCGACCUUCCACAAUGGCUCCGAAGGAAUGAAGAGCUUGCAGGAAGAGCUCCGGCGGGCUUGGGAUUGCACACAGCAGACGCAAAACACGCUGAUCGAGGAACGGCGAAAGCACACACAGACAAAGCAUAAGCUGCGGGAGAUGGCGAUUCGGCUGGACGAGGAGUUGCGCAAGAGCCAGAAGAAUUCGCCGUCCCGGCUGCCGACUAUCCAGGAAUCUGACAAACAAGAGCUGGAGGCAAUGUUCAACGCAGCGCAAGAAGAAAAUCUGCGACUGCAUUCAGAGCGUGAUAGUCUAGAAAAGAGACUCCGCGAGGCCAACGGAAGGCUCUUUAGCAUACAGCACGAGUUAGAGGUUCUCAGGAAGCAACUGCGGCUGGAAAAAUCGGUCCAUGAGGAUAUGGAAACGGCGCGGCCGAGUCUGGUAUAUCUUGUACACUUUCAGCGCUUGGAAGGGCAGCUGAAAGAGGUGCGGAAUCUCUUGGACGAGAGGGAUCACCAGCUUGAACGCUUGGCGGAGACGGCUUCAACCAAGCAAAAGCAACUUGAGGAGACCAAGGCGGCCAAAAACGCGGCAGAAGCGACUUGUUCCGCCAUGCAGGCCGAGCUCGAGAGGCUCAAGAAUUAUACGUGUCAGCUUGAGACCACGAAAGAACAACUCAUGCACGACCGCGAACGCUUUGCCCACAAUCGGCUUCGAAAGAGAGACGUCUCGAAGGACAUCGAGGGCGCCAGGUUCAGCGGCGCCACGCUCACUGUUGACCCGCUUUCUCAUGAGUUCUCGAGUGCUCAUCGAGAACCUACUCCGCCACUCCCUUCGCAUCCAACCACCGUCACGACGCAGGCGACCGGGCUCAUACAGAGCACAUCAGCUGUACCUACUCCUCGAGACCAUCACAAAGCCAAUACCACCAACGACUCCGCGACCAUGUCUACCGUCCUCUCGCCCGCCCUCCCGUCACACACCAAACACAGUCGCCGCAAGAGCAUCACACUCAAAUCCCUGAUCCGCAAAGUCACUCGCAAAGACUCCACCAAAGUGUCGGCAGAGCCCACAAACAUCGUCUCAAACUCCGGCCCCGUUUUGGCACCCAUACCCGCAAAUCUCCCCUUACGCCGUCCGCAAACUUCGACCGCUGUGCUGGCGUCUCAGGGUCGGAAGGAAGGAAAAGCGCUAGGUACGAGGCCUAUGACGGCCGCGUCGACGGGAACCGCGGCCGUGGCGCUUGCGAGAUUGAAAAGCGAAGAGCGGACACUGGGUGUGAGGUUAAAGGAAGUGCCUGUGGGAAUGGCGGUGGGAAGACCUAGAUCGGCGGCGCUGCCGCUGGCUUCGGCAGUAGACAGAGCAUCGGGGAUGAAAGCGGAGGCCGUGGUGGACGCGGAGAUUGACUGUGGGGCCGUAGGUGGAAAAGACGAACAUGGGCAGGAUGGAGGAGGGACUGAAUCGGUUACACCGAGGGACAGAAAGCCCACGAUCAGGGUGUGGAGCGGGAGUGGGAGCUCCAAGAAGAUCGUAAGGCGGUCCGUUACUUAGCCUUGAAGGCGAUGUCGGUUGGGCGGAAAUAAGGUGGAUUGGCGCUGCGACGAAGGCGACGAAGGAGAG